AUGGAGGGUGUCCCGCAAGCGGUGGGAGCUCUGGCAGCACGGUGGAUGGUUGCAAAUCGCACCAGCGCCACCCAAGCCAUUCAUCGUUCCGGCAUCGAUAGAGUGUACGAUGAUGUCAUUCACUUCAUUUUAUGUGAAACAUCAUUCUGCGAUAACCGUUGGGGGAAAUUAUAUAUUCAAGGACACCGCCAAGUGUAUUAUGAAGAAAGACGAAAAAGAGGCGGACACGCAUCUGUCGAAGAACUGGCGAUUCCACUGUAUCUUCCAAAAGUUCCGGAUAAGAUAGAAGACCAAAAAAAAACAAGGAGUAUAACAAAACUAGCAAGAGAUGUCGGAGAGAGAGAAUUACGAAAUAUUGCACAUGAAAGAGAGACGGGCCUCUUGCAAUGUGGCAGCAGCUGCAGCAGCGGUUUGCCAACCACGAUCGAUGGUCAGCCACAGAAGGGCGAUGGAGGAAAUGAUCGAUAUGGAAAAAAAUUGAUUACACUAGCGUUCUCGAUGUAUCGGCCAGUUACGGAAGAACGGACACUACAAUUGUCUUUGUUCAUUCAAUAUUGGUGUAGUUCACUGUUCAACAUGCUUACUAUGUUCUCUUUCACUAGCUCAACUCUCACUAUGCUUCUACUUUUACUUAGUGCUCUUACACUUCUGUUAGCUUCUGAAGAUCUCGUUUGUCAUCCGUUCCUAAGCGAAUUUCCGACGCUGCGUUCUCGUACAACUGCGGAUCUUCAAUAUGUUGAAUUGACUGUGACGAAGAUUGCCAAAGCACUGUGCAAGCUAUGA